UGGAUGAGCAAUCGAAUGCAGCUCUACCAUGCAGGCUGAGAAAGCGAAAGGAUGCAAUCAGGUCUUUGUGGAGACCGUAGCUGUGAUACAUGGAUCUCCUCGUUUUAGUACAAACUUCUGCGGAUGGGUCGGUCUUGCCAUUUAUGUGUGCUCGAUCGGUUGGCAACGAGCGUCUGCAGCAUGGCAGGAGUGAACGGCGCUCUGCAUCUCGCAAGCAGCAAACACGAGAUGUGCCUCUCCCUC